AUGACAGAUGACGCACGCUACGAGACACACGUCAUUAUUUAUCGACAGCAAAGAUGCGAUUUUGUUUUGCCGAGGCGCUACCAACAGCUAACGUACAAAAGCGCUGGUGCGCAAGGAUGGGUGGUUGCGGCGGUGGAUACGGUGUUGAAUCGACCGGUGGCCAUCAAGAAGAUGCGGAACCCGUUUGUGAUGGAGAUCUCGGCGAAGCGGACGUACAGAGAGUUUGUACUGCUUGAAGCGUUCAAGCAUCCCAAUAUCAUCGCCCUGCUCAACGCGUUCAGCCCCCAAACUUCCGCCACCCAACUGAACGACAUGUAUUUUGUGAUGGAGCUCGCGGAUUUCAACUUGUCACAUGUGAUCCGUGAGAAGCGACUUCCCCACCCACAUCUAUCCUUCCUUAUCUUUCAGCUUUUAUGCGCAAUGAAGCAUCUCCACCGGUCCGGCAUUAUCCAUCGGGACCUAAAACCCGAGAAUAUUGUCAUCAACGAGGACGUGACGCUGAAGAUUCUGGACUUUGGGCUGGCACGGCGCACGCCUUUUGAUGCGCAGAUGCGGAUGACAAAUUACGUUGUCACAAGAUGGUAUCGAGCUCCGGAGGUGAUUCUCGAGAUGGGCUAUAAUGAGAAAGUUGAUGUCUGGUCGAUUGGUUGUAUUUUUGCUGAAAUCCUUACCCGGAAGAUCCUGUUCCCCGGGACCGACCAUCUCGACCAAUGGCGCAGUAUCGUCUCCAAAAUGGGCACCCCACCCACAUCAUUUAUCGACAAAAUGACGAGGAAUGUAGCGUUUUUUGUUCGAUCCCAGCCCAAGCAGACGGCCAAAUCAUUGGAGGAAUUGAUACCCGAUUCGUGCCUGCCAAAUGAAAGCGAGGACCCGGCCCAUUACUUGACAGCCCGCUACGCCCGGGACCUGAUCAGCCGAAUGCUGGCCAUCGAUCCGGAACAAAGAAUUUCGGUGGAAGAAGCACUUCGGCAUCCUUAUGUUGCUGGAUGGCUUAAGCAGCACGACAUCAACCUGCCGAUCACCACCCAUCGCUACGAUGAUCAGAUUGAGCUGGAGGAGCGGAGUAUAGCCCAGUGGAAAGCAAUCAUCUUCGACGAGUUGCAACGGUACGCUGCAACUAAUGACGUUUUCGGCGGGAUCACCGGGACUGCCGUG